AGCAUUGUUCUCCGUUAUCACAGUUGUCAAUAUAGUCACCAAAAAUACAAAUUUUGCCAAUAAAAUUAAACAGAGUAAAAUGCAAGUGAACGUAAUUAAAUCAAUAGGUAGAUUAUUUAACCGUGUCUGCUAUACUUUGGAGAAUAUAUCUGUGCAUAAUCGAAGAAAUGUCACACAAGGAUUUAUUGAGAAAUCUUACGUGAUUUCAAGGCGAGUAGCACCACCGCACCAAAGGACAUUCACGGGAAGGGUACUUUUGGGAAGUUUUUACUUUUGGAACAUCUUCAAGAAACGUGGGGAGAAGGAAGAGACUCCAGAGGACAAGCUCAUUAUGACGAUUAAGAGGUCAAUCUUGUGUGUACAGCGUGGGGAAUUAAAUAAAGCUGAACAAAUGUUGCAUCUGGCUCUACGCAUGGCUCAGGAUUUGCAAAGCAAAGACGGGAUUACUUACAUAUAUGACGUGAUGGCCAAUUUGGCUCUCGAAAAGGGAGACUUUGAGAAGGCAGAGAAGUUAUUUGUUAAUGUAAUGCAGAGGCUAUUUGGAGAUGGAUUCAAAGAAAAUCACAUAAAAAUGCUGCACAUCAGCUCAAAAAUUGCCCACAUGGCUGGUCUUCAGGGAAACUUGGAGAAGGCACGGCAGGGCUUCGAAUGGACAUUGCAGAAGCUGGAAGAAAAAGUUCAUUUACCAGAUGUUGACGAGGAGCUCCAAGAUCUGCGAGAGCUCUGGGGAAUGACAAAAAACUGGUAUGGACAAACUCUGCUGGAACUCAACAAAUUAUCUGAAGCAAAGCAAUGCUUCUUGAACGCUUGGGAGGUCUUCAAUGAGAUCCACGAUCAAAUCAACGAAGACGCUUUAAUGCUACUCAACAAUCUAGGCGUGGUUUGUAUGCGCCUUGGAGAAGUAUCAGCAGCUGAAGACUACCUCCGGAAAGCCAUAACACUCUCAAAGGAAUUUCCAGACUUUGUAGAAGCAAAUGUCUUUAAGGCCAAUCUUGGGCUAGUUUACCUCCAACAGGGCCUUCUACAGAAAGCCACCGAAAUAUGCAGCCUAUCCUGGCGUCUCAGCAAAAAAGCCCAGAAUGAAAGAGCCGUGGAACAAGCCGACUACUGUCUGGAACAGAUCAAGAAACUUCGCGAAACUAACAAAACCUAAUAAUCUCCAACCCAAAUACCACAAAAUUAGCAAAAUAAAUUACACAUGAUUAAAAAAGAAAAA